CCCUGGUGCUGGGUCGGGAAGAAGAAUCUCGACCUGGCCCUGCAGCGGCUCCCCGCGACGGCGUCGAGCGAGGUCUGCUGGCACCCGUUCAUGAUCGACCCGAACACGCAGCCGAGCGGCGAGGACUACAAGGCGUACAACCGGCGGCGCUGGGGCGGCGACGGCUGGACGCGCUCGCUGCGGGCCAAGGGCCGCGCCGUCGGCGCGCCCUUCGCGAACUGGCAGACGUGGCCGCACACGAUGCGCGCGCACCAGCUGAUGAUGUUCGCGCCGCACGAGAAGGAGCACGAGCUCAAGGAGCGCCUCUUCGAGGCCGUCUACGAGCGGGGCGAGAACAUCUCGGACCUCGAGACGCUCUGCCGCAUCGCCGGCGACGCGGGCCUCGACACGGCCGGCUUCCGCGCGGUCGCGGACACGCGGGCGGCGCGCGACGGCGUCAACCGCGAGUGCGCGCAGGCGAGCGCGCGCGGCGUCCAGGGCGUGCCCUUCUUCAUCGUCCACGGC